UUUUCAUUUUUUCCAUCGAAGGAUUUCGAUUGAAAGAGAUGACUUCUAAGAGAACAGCUUCAAGUAUCCAACUAGACGGAUUAUCCAAUCUACCGGAUGUGAUUCUGAUUACGAUCAUUUCUUACUUGUCGUUUAAGGAAUGUUUAAGGACCAGUGUGCUCGCUAAGAGGUGGAGGUAUCUUUGUCGGGAGACAAGAAACAUUGCUUUUAAGGAAUCCGAGUAUGUGGACCACUCUGUCUCCGACAAAAUCUCCAAAAGGAUUUCGUUUGUUCACUAUAUGCGUCAAUGGAUCUCUAGAUAUCAUGGUCGUUACAUCGAAACCCUCGAGAUUAAUUUCUCCAUUCCAUCGGGCUUUGUGGCAGAGAUCCAGUCCCUGAUCGAAUUCGCAGUCUCAAGACAAGUCAAGAACCUAGUUCUUGAUUUCACAGACCCUUCUUGGAUAAGCAAUAGCUGGGCGUCGAGGUAUGAUCAUGUUGUUGUGCAAUUGCCGGUAUGCGUUUACAGUCUAACAACCCUUGAAUCACUGAAGAUUUACUCGUGCGGGUUUGACCCCUCGAAAUUCUCAAACUCGAGAUUGCCUAGAAAGCUCUCUAUUGGUUGGAUCAAACUCCCUGAGGUUGAUUCUUUGUUAUCAAACUCUCCUACACUCAAGAGUCUAAGUCUUGAUUACUGCUGGGGUGUUGAAAUCAAAAACAUAGCCGGAGAUAUGAAAGAAUUUGUAUUUGACAGAUGUGACUUCUCCUCUUUCAUGGCUUGUUCCUUUGACCUCCCUAAUGUAGAAAUCUUCAAGUACUCAGGCCAAAUUCUUUCCUUUGAUGUCAAGAGAAUGAAUAUGAGCAUCAAAGACGUUUACUUGGAUUUCACCGCAGAGGGCGAGUAUGACAAACGGAAUCAAAGAACCAAAUUAGAAGGAUCAGUUCUUUCUGCCUUCCUUAACAAUCUUCGAGGUGCGAGGACCUUAAGUGUCUGCCCUUAUCUCCUUCAGACUAUUCAGGAAUGUGAAGAUCCGCUUGAUUUGCUUCGUCCGAUGGAAACACAACACUUGGUGCUGAGAACGAGGUUGCAUGUCACAGAAUUUAAGGGAAUUAGGCUCCUCCUCGAUAAUUGCCCUAACCUGGAAACGUUAACUUUCGAUAUCUUCAAUCGAAGCAUUUUCUCGUACAAUAAGUCAUAUUACGGCGUCGGUCCACGGUCAUAUUGGAAAAAGAACCUUACCUAUAAGUCUCUUCCUAAGACACUUAAGGUCGUGGUCGUGAGGAACUUCAGUGGUCGCUUUGGCGAGCUAAAUGUUUUGAAGUUUUUGAUUCAGUCGGGACGUGGGCGUUGGCCUGGACGCGAGCAUGGGCCUAUGCUGGAAAGAGUGGAGCUUUACAUGCGUAGGAGUAUGGCGGAAAGUCAAAAGGAGUUGGCAGAUGAUGGAGCCGCGAUGUUACAAAGUAUUUCAGGGCAUGUACAGAUUAUUGUACAUGAUCCUUGAAAAGUUGAGCUAUUCAAGACUUCUCACUAGUGGGAUUUGUUUGUCCCAUUUAAUGAUGUUCUCUCGGUUUGUUUGAUUUUAUGAAUAAUUUGAGCCUCGGAAAGAAAUGAGGACUUGGUCAUCUAUGUGAACCAUAUAAUAAUAAAUUUAUUGUGAUAUU